CGCAUGCGCGGCACGUGCACAUACGGCUAACCUCACCGAACCAACUUGUGACGAUUCAUAGUUGUAUCGCGAAGAAUGUCGAUGUGCAUUAUGUUCUGUGAUUACUCGAGCAAACGAUCUGACAGGUAUUUGUACACUUCCAAGCGUACCAGCCGAUUAGUCAGGUACAACAGGAAUCUCAUUGCGCCGAGAGUACGUGGAGGGGAUUGUAUAUUGUAAAUUUGUCUAUCGGGGGUAGCAGCUUUUUCAAUUCCAAUAAGGUUCCAUUAAGACAAUCAACGUGUACGAUUACGUCUCGUUCAUUCCGAACGAACGAACGAACGAACUUUUCUCUCGAUUCCAUACGAAUCGGCAACGAUUCGAUUGUUACAAAGUAAAUAUCGUUCAAAAGUAGCUCGGCAUCGGUUGCUGCCGAAAGCGUGCGUGUUAUCCGCCUCGACAGAGUGCACAACCGAUUACGGCACUUUAAAGCCGUAAACUGGAAUUCCCGCUGACGCCUCUCCAAAAAUAUGAAUGCGGAAAUAUACGAGAGCCUACCUACAACUUCCAUGUCUGUGCACAUGACAGCAGGUGCGUUCGCUGGAAUAAUGGAACAUUGCGUGAUGUACCCGCUUGAUAGUGUCAAGACAAGAAUGCAGAUAUUGACUCCAGGUCCAGGAGGAGGAGGAGGAAUAAGAGAAAUCUUGACUAGAAUGGUACGACAAGAAGGUGCUUUGAGACCUAUUCGUGGUAUGAGUGCAAUGGUUGUAGGGGCUGGUCCUGCGCACGCUUUAUAUUUUUCAUGUUACGAAUUCAUAAGAAAUAAGAUAUUAAGUUCAAGAUCACACUCUGAACUUAAUUUGGCUGCGUACGGAACUGCUGGUUGUGUGGCAACACUUCUUCAUGAUGGAGUAAUGAACCCAGCAGAAGUGGUUAAACAACGAUUACAAAUGUACAACUCUCCAUAUCGAAGUGUUGUGGCAUGUAUAAAGAAUGUAUAUGAAAAUGAAGGUGUAAAGGCAUUUUACAGAAGUUACACAACUCAACUGGCCAUGAAUGUACCUUUUCAAAUGAUUCACUUUAUGACCUAUGAAGUAACACAAAUCUUUACAAAUCCAGAGCAUGUAUAUAAUCCCAUAGCACAUAUGAAAUCUGGUGCACUAGCAGGAGCCUUUGCUGCUGCACUCACAACGCCUUUAGAUGUUUGUAAGACACUUUUAAAUACACAAAAUGGUGUGCAUGCUUAUGGUAUGAUAGACGCUUUUAAAAAAGUUUAUGCCUAUGGAGGUGUAAGUGGAUACUUUCGUGGUUUAAGUGCUCGUGUACUGUAUCAAAUGCCAGCAACCACUAUUUGUUGGUCAACAUACGAAUUUUUCAAGUAUAUCUUACAUAAGGAACAAGAUGAUGGACAUUGUAGACCAGAAGCUGAGAAUGACUUAAAUGGUACAAAUCAGAAUCAGGCUGGUUCUUCUAGGUCUAGUCGCUUUCAAGAUGUGAGCGUAUAUCUUAAUAAAACGGCCCCAUCCUCUGUAUUACUUGAUGUGUCUACCAGUUAGGUAUUUCUAAAUUGUUUAAUGUCACCUUUACACUGAAACACUGUUGGAUGAAAAAUAAGCGUCCGUUUUUCGUAUUUCGAGAGUUUAUCGAAGCUAAGUGAUAUCUUGUUAAUUCAUCUGUUAUUGUUGUAUUAUUACAUGUGUAUAAUAAUUCACAACACAAUUGAAAAUUCAUGUCUGAGCCAAGUGCAGGACGCAGGCUCACCGGUGUCAAAGAGGUAUCAGAAAAUUGUCUAAGUUACUUCUUAGCAUAUGACUACUUAUAUAUGAAGUACCAACGUAAUAUAAAUCGUAUUUUUAUGUGUUAAAGGAAAAGAACCAUAUAGUAGUUUAGAAAACAAUGACAUCAGCAAAACAUAAGUUAUUUGAAAAUAUGAAGCAAAGAAUUGUAUAGACACGGUACUGUAUUCUAUUUGAUGCUGUAAAAUUUUACUAAAUAUCCUACUUCAUUCAUCAACAUAUUAAUUGAUAUAACAUUUAUCACUGUGAAGAAAAGGAAAAAAAAAAUCAUCAAUUGCUAUUAUUAUUUUGAAAAAUAAACACUUAUUUUUGUCAGUA